AUGUCGCAAAUUGAAACCUCCGGCGACCAUCUUCCUCAUACUUUUGGGUUAUGGAGUGGGAUCAGCAUAGGAUGGCUGACUCUGAACGUUUUCGGUGGCAUGUCUUUUAUCCUCUUCGUUGGGCUUUCAGCGGGAGGUAUUCCAGCUAUUCUUUACGGCUUCAUUGGUUCCAGUAUCUGCGUGCUAUGCAUCAUCCUUACCUUCGCCCAGUGCGCCGCUCGGUACUCUACCGCAGGGGGCGCCUACCACUACGCAACCUUCUUGAUCCCCGAAAAGUACCGCCGUCAAUGUGCCUAUCCUCUCGGAUGGCUCAACUACCGUGGCUGGGUCUUGACGCAUGCUGCUUGCUGCGCCAUAGUCGCAACAUUGACUCUAGCACUUGUUAACCUAUGCCAGCCCGAAUUCGACGUAACUACAAGAUGGCAGCUGUUCAUGGUAUAUCUCGCCAUGGUGUUCGGAUGUUGGUUGAUCAACCUAUUCGGGCUGAGGGGAAUCCCCACACUCGAGCUGGUAGGAUGCUGGGCUACAGUGUUCGUUUUUGUGGCAUAUACAAUCGCCCUCCUCGUCAAAGCACCCAAAGCCACACCGCAUUCUGUGUUCGUUCAGACGAAUAAUGACACAGGGUAUUCCUCCACGGGCUUUGCUAUCCUGCUGGGAUUGUUCAACAGUUUCUCUACGCUGAUGGGUCUUGACUGCCCCACGCACUUGGCCGAAGAAGUCAAGAAUCCCAAAAAGUUGUUUGGGCUUGUCCUGGGCUUUUCCAUCGGCGACCUACCCACCAUCAUUGCAAGCCCCACUGGUGUUCCAAUUCUCGAGCUUAUCAGACUCGGUACCGGAAGCGAUGCUGCAGCGAUUGUGUUUUGCAUCAUCCUUAUCAUCAACCAGGGCGCUUCUGCCCUGGGAAGCGCCGUGACCAUGAGCCGGCAAGGAUACUCUUUUGCCAGAGAUGGAGGAUUGUUUUGGAACCACAAGCUUACAGAAUUGUCGCCACGAACCCAGCUUCCGGUUUGGUCCAUCAACAUGCCCUCAGCCUUGGUCGCUCUGAUUGGUUUGAUUUACUUAUUCUCAAACGCCGCCUUCAACGCAAUUAUUGGUUCGCAAGCGGUGUGCAUGAUCAUUAGUUUCGGAUGCCCAGCGCUCAUCAUGCUGCUGACGAAGAGCUCAACCCUUCCAGAAAGCAAGAGCUGGAAUUUUGGCCGACUUUCAACACCUAUCUACGUCAUUUCCUCCUUGUACUCUUUUCUGGUUGUCAUAGUUGCUCUGAUCCCCCAGGUCCACCCGGUCACGACGUUGACCAUGAAUUACACGAGCUUGAUAAUGGGUGUCUUUGGUAUUGCCAUGACAGUGGCAUGGUUCUCUGAGGGCCGAAGGCUUUUCUCGCCGCCAACGUACCACGAGAUUGGGUUGACUGUGAUGGACGGCUUAUCGUUCAGCGAGGGACAGGACGAAGAGACUGGAGAGAAACGCGGGGGGCAAGUAAAGGUUGGAGAUGGACAGCAAUUUGUCAGCGAGGCAAUGACGUGA